AUGAAAAUAAUAAUUAUUUUCGCAUUUCUCCUCGAAGUAAAUUCAAUAGCUGUGCGUAAGUUUGUCCAUCAGAAGGACAUCUCCGAGCAUUGUAGGCGACGCGUGGUGCCAUCUGUGUUCUUGGGGAAGCAUGUCGUGGAUGCGAAUUCGGAAAUAUUACACUUCUCAAGACUCCAACUGCCGUACAGCUGCUCCAUUAGUGUUAGAACUGAAUUCGGUAACAACAUUAUUUUGGUAAUACAAAUAGUAUCGGAGCGUAGCAUUGCAAAAUCGUGCGGACCAAAUCACAACCAAUUACACAUAUACGAAUUGGGUGAGACGUUUGGUGGCUACUGGGGCGCAUUCCCCGACGACAUAUUCAAUAUUAAACCCGAUAAUUAUACAAAAUAUUAUACAUUGAAAACUACACCGAAGACUGUUGAAACCAGUCCAGUAUAUACAGAAGAGGAGACGGAAGAAACGAAACAGACAAUUUAUCACACACAAGAAACAUCGACAGAGAGAGAUUUUGUUAGAGUCGAAGUGCCGUUAUUAAAUGUCUCUGGUGAUUUUGGGCUUGAUGAAGUCCCGAAUAAGAAACAGGACAUGGAAGAACUAUUUGAUUUAAUAUAUGACGUCGCUCCUCGGUAUGUUUAA